AGGAAUAUAGUUCUGCAUGAGACUAGGCACACGGAGAGGGAGUGCACAGUGGACGGACGUCUACAGCAGGUCGAUUAACGCCACUACCACCGCCUGCAGUGUAUCAGAUAUUCCCAAAUUACGUGAUUAAUUAGCAAACAAGCCCUCAGAUCAGCCGAAUUCAACGAUCUAGCACCGUAAGGCUGUAACCCUCCGCUUGCAUGGCGGUCGGAAAUAGAGGUGUGAGCUAGUCGGCGCGGGACAGGUGCCUGUGCUGAGUGUGUAGAAGGAACGAGCGACUCCAUCGCUACUCCUCACAGGUCAUUUCAUCGCUAUUAUACUGCCGUGGAAGGUUUCUAUCUGUUUUAAAAAAUUAAUGAAGUUCUUAUCAGGACAAGCAGCAGUUUGAGACUGCGCACAAGUGGCUUCCGAUGCUCGCAGUGGCAGGAGGCAAGGAGUGUGUACAGGCCAGUACAUGGUAGAUCCGUGGUGACUCGCCCGCUGCCUGUCUGCCAGCCUGCAUGCCAACCGAUACUUAUGACUGGAAAACUUCGCUGACAACUUGGAAUCUUUGUACCUGGGAUACAUGAGCUAAAAGCAGUGGUGUGAGCAGCCUAGAAAGACAAGACGCCAACAGGGUGAGAGUUGGAGAGUCCGUCUGAUGGCAUGUUGUCGUCAGCACCAGGGACAUGACGGUUGUCUCAAACAGGAGCUCCACUGCCACCACGUGCUACUCAGUCAAGAUAUAUGUGAAAACGUGUUUUGGUGGACAUGUUGCUGGGAUUGCUGCUGCCAGUGCUUGCGGGACUCAGCGUUGUUCAAGCCCAAAUUGACAUCCAUCCAUCAGAUGAGGACCGACUCAUAAAGAUUCUCCUGUCUCGCUACAAGCGCCGUGGAAAAUACGGGCGUCCGGUGAAACACUUCAAUGACACCGUCAAAAUUUCAUUUAACAUCCAACUAAUUCAAAUUAUGGACCUUGAUGAGAGAAAUCAAGUGCUUACGCUCAACGUCUGGGAUAGAUACAACUGGUAUGACGAGUAUUUGAAAUGGAAUCCCGCGGAAUGGGGAGGCGUGAACAUAGUGAGGAUACCACCCAGUAAAAUCUGGACACCCGACAUUCGACUCUAUAACUAUGCUGACGAGAGGCUGGAGGAACACAGGGAUGCCUUGUGCCAAAUAGAAAAUACCGGCCUAGUUAUAUGGUUACCUCAAGCUGUCUAUAAAAGCUCGUGUGAAAUUGAUGUAUCAGCAUUUCCGUUUGAUAUACAGAAUUGCCAUUUAAAGUUUGGUUCGUGGACGUAUGAUCAAUCUAAAGUGGAUCUUGAACUACUGGGCAAAGAGAAGGAAAUAGACCUGACUGAAUAUGUGGUGUCCAAUGCGUGGAACAUACUGUCAGCUCCAGCCAAGAGGAACGAGGUGUCCUACUCGUGUUGUCCAGAGCAAUACGUCGACUUGACCUUCCGACUCAUCUUCCAGCGUCGUUCUGUGCUGUACAACUAUAUUCUCAUCCUCCCGUGUAUCCUGCUCACCUCGCUCACACUCGUGCUCUUCUGGAUCCCGCCCGAGUCUCCAGCCAAGUUGAUGUUGGGAAUCAAUAUCUUUGUGGCAUUUUUCCUGCUGCUCCUUCUGAUGGAAUCCAGCUUGCCCCCUGCUGCUGCCUCUGUGCCCCUCCUAGGUACGUACUACUGUCUAAACAUGAUCCUCAUCACUCUAUCAUCGUUCCUUAACGCCUUCGUGGUCAACAUGGCUUUCUACGGGCCUCGCAGACAGGUGCCGGACAUUCUUAGAACGAUUAUCUUUAGUUUCUUCGGGAGAAUUCUAUGCAUGGACAAUUUAGUGCAGCCGUACUUGGACGCGGCCAAAGCCCGGCGCUUCCAGUCGGCGGACACUCAUCCGUUUGUAGGUGUGAACGGUGACAGUACGAACUGGGGCUCGAAGGAGCCUAGCGUCCCUACUGACUUACUUUUACAUUCACGACAGUGCUCGAAUGAUGACGAGUCAGUGCAACAACUGUCCCUUAUAGACUAUCACCUGUCGGAAGUCAUGGAGUUCUUGCGCAACUACCGGGAUCGGCUCGCUGACAAAGACCGCAAGGACAAGAUCAGCAAGGAGUGGAAGGCAGUGGGGCUGGUCUUUGACAGAAUAUUUUUCAUAAUCUACUUAACUACAAUAGUCGUCUCCAUGUGCGUCCUUCUGCCUAUCAUCACGCUCAGCCAUGUCAACAAAUAGUACCCAUUGUCACACUUCUCUCACAACCUGAAAAUCACAGAAAUGCCGUCACAAUAUCACACAAGCACAGACACACAUAAACAAA